AUGGCCGAGACCCAGCUGCCAACCCGCUCAACGACCAUGAGCACCGACGACGAUGCCGUUCCAGGCGAAGAUACCAGCGAAGUUACCAAGCUAUUCCACGAGCGUCUCCAAGCAUGGAAGCAUGCAUGCGGCUACCUCGAAGACUACAUCACCGCGACGGAGAGGAUGCAUCACUCCCAAAGUAAAGAAUAUGAGAAGGUGCUGAAGUCAGUCUCACACCCGUUAAAAGAAGGCCAUCACUUCGAUCAAAGUCUGGGAGGUAUUGCUGGCAUGUUCGACAACAUCCGAUCGAAUACGCAGGGUCUCGCAAACUCCCACCAGGAGACUUCGAAAGUGCUUAAAGGCUCAAUCCUCCCGAUCUUUGAGCGAUUGCAUACCGAGGUAAAGAAUAAGACCAAGGAGCUCAUAAAAGGAGCUGGGAAAGGCGGCAAGGCGGUCGACAAGGCACGCGCGAUUACACAGAGGCACAUCGAACUCUUAGGGCAACAUACCGCGGCUUUCGAUAGCACUGGCGGGAAGGUCGCUUCAAACGAAGAUCCGUAUGUGCUGCAACGAGGUGUUUUCCACCGCCUAAACAAACAGGUCGUGGAAGAGAACAACAAUCGCAACGACCUGAUCGCGGUUCAAGACAGCUUCGCCCACUUCGAAGCACACAUCCUCAAAACGAUGCAGGAAGGACUGGGUCAGUUUAUGCAGGUCAUGAGCAAGCAAUGCGACCUCGACAAGAACAUAUACGGCGACAUGGUCUCUACCGCUCAGCGUAUCCCACUGGACUUCGAAUGGCAAGGUUUCAUUGCUCGGAAUACCGGCGUACUUAUCGACCCCCACCAACCUCUUCGUUCCGUUCAGUCCAUCAAUUUCCCGAAUCAGAGCCACCGCGCGACGCAACCCCUCAUCGCCGGAUCAUUGGAGCGCCGAGGCAAGAUUCUCAAGAAGUACGAGUCGGCCUACUACGUCAUCACCCCCUCCAAAUAUCUCCAUGAAUUCAAGACAGAUGACGACUUCGGCAAGGAGCCCACCCCCGAGCUCUCCCUCUACAUACCCGAUUGCGCGGUGGGCGCCAUUUCCGGCCAGAAAUUCGCCGUCAAGGGCAAGGACGUCAGUAAAGGCAAAAUCGGCAAUUCAUUCUCUAUCAGCCACGAGAUACAGCUCCGGGCACACACAUCGACAGAUGCGGAGCAGUGGUGGAAUAUCCUGCGAAAUGCGGCGGGCAUGAAGACCGAUGAAGUGCCGGAGAGUCUGCCGAAUAGCCCGGUUGUUGCGAGGACGAGUGAAACCACCAGCCCCACGAGCCCUACGAGUAUAGGACCGGUUGAGUCAGGCGUGCUGAGAAGUCCUGUUGCAGACGAAAAGGAGAAUGUAGUCGAGCCAAGCGCGGCUGCAGGUGCAGCUUCGGAGACAGUGAAGCCAGCAACUCGGUCAAAUACAGGUAUGGACAAGGUGUAA